UGGCCUAUAAAACCCUAAAACCCUAAUCAUCUGUUCUCGUUUUCUUCUGUCGCCUCUUUCCUCUCCUGGGUCCAUCUCAAAACCCUAAUUUCUACAUUUCUCUUCGCCGAGAGACAUCUGCCAUGGCUUUCUGCAAUAAACUCGGCGGUCUUCUGAGGAACACAGUUUCCCACAACGCGCAGGCUCCCGUGUCAUCUAUGCUUGGCUCUCUCCGCUACAUGUCUACGAAGCUUUUCGUCGGAGGUCUGUCUUGGGGAACUGAUGAUCAGUCCUUGAGGGAUGCGUUUUCUACCUACGGUGAAAUCACUGAUGCGAGAGUCAUCGUGGAUAGAGACAGUGGGAGAUCGAGGGGUUUCGGGUUCGUCAACUUCAGCAGCGAGGAAUCUGCGACCGCUGCCAUGUCGGGUAUGGACGGCCAGGAGUUGCAUGGUCGUAACAUUCGAGUGAGCGCUGCUAACGAAAGACCCAGUGGCCCUCGAUCUUUCGGUGGUGGCUACGGAGGUGGCGGCUAUGGAGGUGGCGGCUAUGGCGAUGCUGCUGGUGGAAGUGGUGGAUAUUAAGCGAUGACGGCGAAUAUCUAUCUUACCCUUUUAUCGAUGGUCGAAGUUCUAUUUUUUAGAUUAGUCGGUUUUCUGGAAUUUAAUAUUGUGUGUUUAUGACAAUCCCGAAUGGAUUGUACGAACUCAGGUACCUGAUUUGCUGCCCCUGUCCUUACAGAUUUCGUUGAAUCAUUUUUGUUCGUUCAUA